AUGCAAUUAGGAAUUUCACAUUCAACAAAACAAGUUUCAUUUUAUACUCUUAUAAUGCCAAUAUAUUUAGCAUCUAUUUCUGAAGGAGUGCCAACACAACCACGAGUAUGUGCAGAGAUUUAUCAUAAAUUUCCAUGUGACUCUACUUUAGUUCUUGUUUUUAAUCAUAUUCAAGCAGGAGAAAGUAAAAAUGUAUUAGUUGAUUGUGGAUUUAAAGUAGUAGCUGAAAAAGUAGAAGGAACAGUUGCUAAAUUAAUAAUGAUUAUCAAAUUAAUAAAAGACAUAAUUAUUAUGGCUGAUAUUGAUAUUGAUGCAAUAAAGAAAACAAUUACAUUCCAUAUGAAAUCAUCAGAAUUUUCUCAAUUAAAGUUAAUGGAACAAUCAUUAGCUCCUUUAUUCUAA